GGAACUCCUGCCCUGGUCUGUGUGACUUGACUGACAUUCUAGUUGCUAUGGCGCCACCUAUGGGUGCAUCGUCCAUAGCAACGGAACCACUGAGAGGAACAAUUGAGAGAAAGUUUUUAAUCCGCAGAAGAUGACUUCCAUGAAGACAGAAGCGUCACUUUGACUUAAAAAAAAUGCAAGCCACGAAAGUUCUCAAGCCCAAACCAGUGGAGGCCACGAGCCAGACCCUCGAGAAAACCAAACCGGUGAAGGUGCGCACGGUUAACGGAGCGCCAAGUCAGCUCACGGUCCCCGCUGUGCGUAAAAGCCGCGCGUCGAGCUGCCCGAGGUGUCCGCCGCGGGACAGGUGUGAGCGGGGGCGCACCGGAGCGGAGCCCCCCCCCUUCAGAAGGAGCUGUGAAAGGAGGGCCAGGUCCAGCUCCACCGCCCCCAAAACAACCGCGAGAACAAACGCGGACAGUCGGAGGGCGAGUCUGUCUGGGAAACAUGCUGCCGGUAACCCAAAAUGUCCCGGUCCGAGGGAGCAGCAGGGCGUCCGCGCGGAGACGAGAAGUCAGAGUCACAAAGCUUUCACCGUCAUCCCUCCGAACCCCAAGAAAAGAAGAGAGAUCCAGAGAAAGGCGGAGGCGGAGCUCGCCGCUUUAGAGGAGCUUCGGCUGAGCAGAGCGAUGGCGUACGUCUCCAUUGACCCCAGCAGUGUCGGUGGCUGUAUGAGUCUGGAGGAAGUACGGUUGAAGCAGCAGCAGGAAAUGAUGCAAGCCAAGAGGAAACCUAAACCGAUGAAGAAGCAGGUGAUGAAAUGCUGAGCGUCGCCUCUCCUCCCGUCUCUGCCGACAGCUCAACUCCUCACUGUAGUUGUUUAACACAAAGGUUUUAAAAAUCACGUUAAAAUCUAAAAAAAAUUUAAAUGUAACAUGUAUAGAAACAUUAUUUGUAUACAAAGAAUGGC